CUCAUACUGCGCUCUCUCUCUCUCUCUCUUUCUCUCUCCUCUCUUUCUCUCUCUAAAUUGAAACCAGAGCAUAUCCGAAGUACCCCAACCAUUAUAUAUUCGCUGGCACCUCGCCAUUGUCUCUCUCUAAGCCCUCGCAAUCUGACCUUCUUUUCAAGUCCUGUAUAACCAUAUUUUCUCUCUCUAGAAUUUGCAGAAGAAAAGAAGGAAGGAUGAGCGUGGUUAUCAUUGAUGGCUCCACGGUGAGGGACUUUGUUGAGGACACGGACGCCUUCAACAAGUCUGUGGAUGAGCAAUUCUUUGCGCUCGACGUUAAUGGCGAUGGCAUCCUGUCCAGAGCUGAGAUGAGGACGGCCUUCGAGUCCAUGCGCCUCAUCGAGACCCACUUUGGAAUGGAUGUCAAGACAGUUCCUGAAGAGCUCACUAAGCUUUAUGAUUCGAUCUUCGAGAGGUUUGAUCGAGAUAGUAGUGGAAGUGUAGACAUGGGGGAGUUCAGAUCAGAGAUGAAGCUCAUCAUGCUGGCUGUUGCUGAUGGCCUUGGCACUUCACCUAUACAAAUUGCUCUUGAAAAAGAUAGCCUUCUUCAGAAAGCAGCUGAUUUGGAGUCCUCAAAAUUAACUGAGACUUAAAGUUUAAGGUUCCACUAAUAAAUCUCUCUCUCUCUCUCUCUCUCUCUGCACAGUUGCUUAUGCAAUUGGACAAGUUUCUUAGUCUUCGCUACUGCUAUGUAACUUUGAGAUUUCCUAUAUGUAACUUGCAAAUCAGUCAACCAGGCAAUAAAAAUGUAAUAGAAUCUUAUGUUUUUUUAAUGUAUUUGCAAUUCUUCCUAGUAA